CGCGACCGAACCCAAACACCUGGACGUUGGGAGGCACAGAUGAAAAAGCAUUAAAGCUGCGCGCCCCUUUGACGUUGAAUGGCGGCUCAUCCGUCGUUGUGGCUUCAGCCUUCUUAAGCCUCGAAUGCAACCACCUUCUACUGAUGACACUCGACCUGGGCCUUUCUCCAGGCCGUGAACAUCCAAGAAGCGGUUGAAGGCUCUCUGUCCAUGCCCGACGAGUUCAACCCUCUCCAAGUUGGCGUUUCCACUUUCGAAACCACCGCCGCCACCAUCGCAGCCGUGACCAGCAGGUCUCGUGAGGCACCUCGGUGACGACUCGUAACCGCCAACGCCAAGUACGCUCGCCGCCUCUACCCUCGGUCCUUCACCUCGUCGCCCAAGUGGGUGUCUCGUCAGCCAGAAAAAGGACUAUGGGAGCUUCGACCGUGGCGUCCCAGAGACCGCUCCCAUUCCCAGACACACAAAGUACGCGAUACCCUAGCCAUGCUUCUCCAGCCAUGUCCACCAUUCUCAGAGACAGUCAUGUUGGGCCCCGGCCGGCUUCACCGUUGACAGGCGUUACCCCACGGCUGCCGUCUCUGACUGCAUCCUCCUCCAUUCCUCCUCCCCCCUCAUCCUCAAGCACCGACAGAAAUGCAGGCGCUCCAAUCACCAGUGUUCUGACUGCCCCAUCAGGAGCAGUGUCUGACGGUUUUCCUCCGUCCGGCGGCGCUCACAGCGGUUACCCGCACACGUCCCAGGCGGGCGGACAUCCGCUCUACUUUGCGAGCCACAUGACUGGCUCGUGGCCGACGCCUGGGUUAUCACAACCUUCAGCCUACACGUACUCGAACUCCAACUCGGGAGCGCCCGCGCCGGGCCCGCUUGCUCAGCCAUCGUACCAUCGAGCGGCGCAGUCGUACGGGUCCGGCUCGUCUCCUUUCCACCAGCACUUCCCCGGUCGUGCUUCGUCAUCGGCCCCCAGCGGAGAAACGAUAGCAGCGCCGCAGUCGUACCUGGAUCAGCAAGGAUUCCAGAGUCCGGUAGGAGUUGGCGGAGCCGGGGCAGGCGGAGGUGGGAACCUGGGGUCGCCGCUCAACGGUCCGGGAAACCAGGAAUCGGGGCUUACCCAGCCCAUGCUUCGCAACUCAACCGCGAAUACGCCGCGCCAGGCAGGACCAGGGCAGAACACACCGGCAGGAGGGUCCGCCGCGGCCCAGGAGGGAAGCUCUUACCGUCCGCCGCCCACACCGACCAACUACUACUCCCACAGUUCGGCGCCGCCACAACCCCCAUUCACUACUGCGUAUGCCCCGACCGUGACCCAGCCAUCACCAACUAACCCCCCGCCGGCAACGUCGUCCCCCUCGAUUCCGCGGGGACCCUCCUCAAUUCCGGCAGUGGCCCCGCCGUUACAGUACCCGGGCGGCCGUGCGUAUCCACCGACAUCGAUCGCAUCCUAUGCCUCGUAUAGCGCGAUUCCCGGGCCGGUGUUGAGCAACAUGCACCAUCCGGGUGGCGCCUUGGCCAUGGUGGGCAGCAUGUCGGGACUCUCUAGCUACAGUCAUCAUCCGGGCUUGCCGCCCCAUCAUCCGCACCACGUUUAUGUUCAUCCUGGCGGCCCAUCGCCCCAGUCCGAGCGCCCGUUCAAAUGCAAUACGUGCCCGCAAGCCUUCAACAGGAACCACGACCUGAAGCGGCAUCAACGGAUACAUCUGGCUGUCAAGCCCUUCGGCUGUGGUGACUGCGACAAAAGAUUUUCAAGGAAAGACGCGCUCAAGCGUCAUAGACUCGUCAAGGGAUGCGGGGGGGCAUCACCUCCUGACGGUAUGGCAGGUGGCAACGAAAGGUCCUCGAAAGAUCGUGUUCCUCCUAGAGAUGGCGACGCGGAAGGCAGUCCCAGAAUGAAGACGGAGGGGCCGUAGAUAGGGACGCUUGUCGGCCGGAACCCACUUCGAUCACGCAGAAGCCCAAAUAAGACCACGGCGGGGCCAACACCGGCACCGAGCCACGCAUAUCCCUUGGCCUGAAGCAUUUGGCCAUCUUUAUCAUUUUCAUUUC